AUGGGCUUUGGCAGCAUGAAGCGAGGGGUGAGGGACCUGAGGGGCAGAGACAGGCCAGCCACCCCGCAGUGCCUGCAGACCCAGUGCUUCGACCCGCUGGUUCGCAAAUGUGUGGCCUGCAGUCUCCUCCGGACGACAGAGCCUAGACCGGCCUCGCCUCCCUCCAACCCUCCCCCUCCACGCUCGUCUCUCCCCUCUGCCCCGUGCUCUGCCUGCCCGUCCCCUCCAGCAGGCGGCCCGAGCAGCCUGGCGCCCGGGACGGCGCUGCAGCCGCAGGAGUCGGUGGGCCCGGGGGCCACCGCCGAGGCCGAGGCCGCGCUGCCGCUCCCGGCGCUGCUCUUCGGUGCCCCCGCGCUGCUGGGCCUGGCGCUGGCCCUGGUCCUGCUGGGCCUGGUGAGCUGGAGGCGCCGACGGCGGCGGCCCGGUGCGGCGGCUGCCCCAGAGGCUCUGGAGGCCCCAGACGGAGACCAGGAUGAGCCCCUGGACAGUGACAACAUCCUCUCCCUGGGAACCCUGGAUGCCACAGCUCCCACCUGGCUUCCGCCCAGUGAAGACCCAGCUACCACCCCACCUGCCCACAGCGUCCCUGUGCCAGCCACAGAGCUGGGUUCCACUGAGCUGGUGACCACUAAGACGGCUGGCCCCGAGCAACCGUAG